AUCGUCGUCUUUAGCGGUCGGCGAUACUUUGCUGCCACUCUCGUCCGCUCGUCGCGGUCGUUCUGCCAAACGGACAACAACACUCGCCUCAAUGAGUAGUGACGGUGAAUAUUCAUCCACCGGCUACAAUAUGAGUAACAGUAGAAAGCCUUCGUUCUGGGGGCAGCGGACGAAGCUGGAGAAGCGGCUGAUGCUGGCCGUGGCGGUGGUGGCCGUGCUGGCUGUGGCCUUCCUCGCGGCCUUCAUCACCACGGUCAUGCUGAAGAAGUCUACCAAUAUUAAUGACGUGCCCCAAACGAGCGAGCUCCGGGUCUCCGAGAGCCUCCCCCCGUCUGUGAUUGCCAAAAGCGAUGAGAUUGAAGUCUGCAAGGAUCCUGACUGCGUUCAUACUGCAUCAAAGCUCCUGCUCAACAUGGACGAAUCCGUGGAUCCAUGCGACGACUUCUACGACUUUGCUUGCGGAUCCUUCGUGAAGAACACCAGGAUCCCUGAUGAUAAGACAUCGGUGAACACUUUCUCCAUCAUCACCGACCAGCUCCAGGAACAGAUUCGGUCACUACUGGAUGAUCCUAUCAGCAGUGAUGAGCCAAAGCCGUUUGUGCUUGCCAAGACGCUGUACCAGGCUUGCAUGAAUAGAACGGCCAUCGAAGCCCGCGGUAUCCAGCCACUUCUGGACAUGCUCCGCAACCUGGGAGGUUGGCCAGUUCUGGACGGGGACAACUGGGAUGAACGCUCCUUCUCGUGGACGGACGCGGUAUACAAGUUCAGGCACGCGGGUUACUCUGUGGACUACUUCUUGGACUUCUCGAUUAGUGUGGAUGUGAAGAACUCCACUAACAGGAUUAUUGAUCUGGACCAAGCGUCUCUCGGUCUCAGCCGUGAGUACCUGAACCGCGGCUUCAAGGACAAGCUGGUGCAAGCGUACUACGAGUACAUGGUCGACAUCGCGGCGUUGCUCGGCGCGGACCGAGCGCGGGCCGAGCUCGAGCUUAAGGACUCGCUGCAGUUCGAGAUCAAGCUGGCCAAUAUCUCUUUGCCAUUGGAGAAACGUCGUAACGCAACUAGCCUGUACAACCCGAUGACCAUCGCUGAACUGCAAGAAAAGUACCCCAAGAUCCCGUGGCUGUCGUACGUGAACCGUCUCCUGGCUCCUCACAUCGAGGUCGGUCUGGAUGAGAUCGUCAUCGUCGAUGUGCCCAAAUACUUCUCCGAUCUUGAGAUCCUCCUAGAGAAGACGCCCAAGCGAGUACAAGCGAACUAUGUAAUGUGGCGAGUAGCUGGCGCCAGUGUAUCGUACCUUACUGAGGAGUUACGCAGACGUCAACUGGCUUACGUCACUGCACUGUCUGGGAAGACUGAACGAGAGAGCAGGUGGAAGGAGUGCGCUGAUACUACUAGUGCUAGUAUGUCCAUCGCUGUGGGAGCCCUCUAUAUCCGAAAAUAUUUCAACGAAAACUCUAAGGCCAAAGCUUUGGAGAUGGUAGAUGAUAUCAGACAACAAUUCAGCAAGACUCUCUCAGAAGUGGAAUGGAUGGACGCCAUGACACGUCAGGCUGCGCUCGACAAAGCACAAGCAAUGGCCGCUCACAUCGCAUACCCUAAUGAGCUGCUGGAUAACAACAAGCUCACUGAGUUCUAUUCCGGGUUGGAGAUGUCCACUGACAAGCUGAUGGAGUCAGUGCUGAACCUCACGUUGUUCGGCACUGAGUACCUGUUCAGCAAACUGCGCGAACCUGUUAACAAGACUGACUGGGUGACUCACGGCAGACCGGCCAUUGUGAAUGCGUUCUACUCCUCUAUUGAGAACAGCAUCCAAUUCCCAGCGGGUAUCCUCCAAGGCACGUUCUUCUCAGCCAAGCGCCCCGCAUACAUGAACUACGGAGCUAUCGGCUUCGUCAUUGGACAUGAAAUCACUCACGGGUUCGAUGACCAGGGUCGCCAAUUUGACAAGAACGGUAAUCUCGUGGACUGGUGGCAAGAGAUGACCAAGCAGAAGUAUUUGGAGAAGGCCAAGUGCAUCAUUGACCAGUACUCCAACUAUACUGUGAAGGAAGUUGGCAUGAAUCUGAACGGUGUGAACACACAAGGCGAGAACAUAGCUGACAAUGGCGGUAUCAAGGAAGCAUAUUAUGCGUAUGCGGCUUGGAUGCGUCGUCAUGGAGACGAGCCUCGUUUGCCGGGAUUGGAGAAAUAUUCGCCUAGACAGAUGUUCUGGCUCAGCGCUGCCAACACGUGGUGCUCGGUAUACCGCAACGAGUCCAUCAAGAUGCGCAUCACGACCGGCUUCCACGCGCCCGGACGUUUCCGCGUCCAAGGUCCAAUGUCCAACAUGGACGAGUUCGCUGUGGACUUCAAGUGCCCCCCACACGCGCCCAUGAACCCCGCUGCUAAAUGCAAGGUCUGGUAAGUUGGGGGGAGAGGGAGGGGGGGGGGGAUAGUAGCCUGUACUAUUUUGGCUUAGCUAACCCGUAGCCUGUAUUAUACAUGGGCUUAGUUAACCCGAGGGAUAAAUGCAGUAGGGUGAAACAGUUAAAAGGGGGGGUAGUAUAGAUUACAGUUAGAAGAGGGGGGAAGUAUAGAUUAGUAAGUUGACUUGACUUAAACUUA